AACCAUCCAUGAAAAGUUUCUUUGAAGUUUGGAAAAGCACUUCAGAUAAAAAGAAGCAUAAUGGGGAAGAAAAGAAGCAUUUAUUCAGAUAUAAAAAAAGAAGCAUAACGGGGAUAAAAUAAACUCGUCUCUCAUUUCACGUUUUAAUGAAUUCGUGUACUUUAAAGUCACACAGCGAACACCUGUUGCACCACGGGCAAAUUACGAGGAACAAUGUAGCGCCAUGCCCACUUGUGAGGUGCCGUUCUCUCGCCUGUAUUUAACACACGGCGUCACAAUAGUGUCGUGCAUGUCGUCGUUGCUGUCAUUUGUCCUGUGUGGAUCACGUCGCGAGGAUGGUAUCCACGGGUAACCAACAGCAAUGCCAGGUCAUUACUGCUACUGCUGUUCUGUUUCUGGCAGUCACCGGCAUUCUUCUGCUCGUCGUACCCAACAAUGACAUCAAAGAGCCGCCAGAGUUUAUGUAUGGAAUAGUCCUGGAUGCUGGAUCCUCUCAUACUUCCAUGUUCAUCUACAAAUGGCCAGCAGACAAGCAGAACGGUACCGGCAUUGUCAGUGAACACAGCAAGUGUCGUGUAAAAGGAGACGGGAUAUCCAGUUAUGCAGGUGUCAGAGGAGGAGCAGCCCGUAGCCUUGAGGAAUGCAUGGAAAAUGCCUUGAAGGAGAUCCCAAAGUCGAGACACAAACUCACUCCUUUGUAUCUCGGGGCCACAGCAGGCAUGAGGCUACUGAACAUUUCUAAACCCAAAGAGUCAGAUGAGGUUUUGAAGGAAGUGGGAGACAAACUGAAGACCUACCCAUUCAGCUUCAAAGGUGCCACUAUUUUAAGUGGACAACAGGAGGGAGCUUAUGGAUGGGUCACAGUCAACUACCUACUUGAAAAAUUUAUCAAGUAUGGUUUUGUGGGUCAGUGGCUGUCUCCGGGCAGAGACACUGUUGGUGCGCUGGACUUAGGUGGAGCUUCUACUCAGAUCACAUUUGUGACUGAACAAACAGUGGAGAACAAAGACAAUCUGAUGAAACUGAGGCUGUACGGACGAGACUAUAAGAUUUACACUCAGAGUUUUCUGUGUUAUGGCCGAGACCAGUUCUUACUCAAACUGCUGGCACAUCUGAUCACGACUCAGGGUUCAAACAGCUCCAUAGUGCAUCCUUGCUAUCCUGCAGAUUACGAGCAGUCCAUUAAGCUGUGCAGUGUCUUUGACACUCCAUGCAAUAAAAGACAAACUCCCUGUAAAUCUGAUGACAACCUGCAAAUAAAGGGCACUGGAAACUACAAUCAAUGCAUGGGAAACGUUUCUCAUCUCUUCUCUUUAAACCACUGUUCUUAUUCCAAAUGCUCCUUUGAUGGAGUCUUCCAGCCAAACAUAACUGGAAACUUCAUGGCAUUUUCUGCAUUUUUUUACACCCAUUCCUUUCUUGAGAAAGCUGCAGGCAUCACCAUCACAUCUAGAGCAGAUUUAGAGAAGGCUACCCGUGUCGUCUGCAACAUGAGCAUUCAGGAGAUGUCAAAUUUGGAUGAGGAAAACCGUCUGAAAGACUAUUGCGCAGUCUCUGUCUUUGUACAGGUGCUCCUGGUCAAUAGAUAUGGUUUUGAUGAUCUCACCUUCCCACAUAUCUCCUUCCAGAUGACGGCGGGAGACACAUCUGUCGGCUGGUCCCUUGGUUACAUGCUAAGCUUGAGCAACCUGCUGCCUGCUGAAAAUGUGUUACUGAGAAAAGCACUGAGCUCAGCCAACUGGAGUGUUCUGAUCCUCCUCUUUUCAGUCCUUCUUAUUAUGGCGCUAUUUUUUCUGUUGCGAGCCAUCCGUAAGAAAGGAAAUGAUGCUGUCAUUUAAUAAUGUAUCAGUUACAUUGCUCCCUGUGUACAGUACAUCAUUAUGCAGUGCCCAGCAAAGAUACUUCUUUUUACAGUACACUGAAAACAAUAAGGGUACACAUUACAUUCAAGUAUUACAUUUCAAUAACCUAUUUGUUAUCAAGCUUAUUUUAUAUAAAUUACAUAUAUUUUAGAAGAGACUGUGCAUAAGACAUUUUGCACGGCUUACUAAUUUUGUCACUGAACUUUAUCAUUGUCUUUUCAUAAUGUUGAAUGUAUGUUUUUUUAGGUAUGAUUGUGUGCUGUGCCUUAACAGCACAGUGAGUAUGUUAGUUUAUAAAACCUUGUAGAUUUAUCUGUGAGCUAUGCUUUUGUGCUAUGUUUGUGUAUUGCAAAGUCAAAUUCACUGAAAACAUUCAAAAUGGAAAAUCUUGAAAAUCUAGCUUUGCAGAUACAAUAAUGAAUUAGAAAACUGUACUGUAGUCUGGUUCUAUUCCUUCAGAAUCAAUGCUUUUAAUAUUAAAAAAGUUUGUUUACUAAUUGUUCUGUGAGAGAUUUUGUAGAUAACAGUAACAUACAGGUAACGAAAACAGAAUGAAAAAAACCUGUAAGCCUCAAAGCAUGAAAUCUGUAAGCCUCAAAGCAUGUGCUAGUGUACUGUUUGUCCUAAAUAUUAAUACAUUUUUUUCAUGCAUGUGA